CUGUGCUAUCAGGGCUUGGUCGGGACACGGCUAGCUGGGCUAAACUUCGCUGCCAGGUCAACGGAGGACAGGAGCAUACCAAAUAUUUUUUACCUGUGAGCAUACUAUCAGUGAGGUCAGUGACUAAAUUGACAACCUGUCGGGAAACUAAUAUUUUGCAAAGCAUGAAAGUUGUAGUAAUGUUUCCUCUCUCCCUACAUUGCAGAGCUGUUAACAUGCGCUAACAUUAGGAUAACAACUUGUAACCUGCUAGUUUCGUCUUUGGCCAGGCUUGCUUGCUAACAAACUCUUCUGUUAUUUUAGAUGUCUGCCUAAGUGCCUGUUUAGAUGUAUGUCUAUUUAGUUCGAAGUUAAUCAAACUACAGUAGGCUAGUGUUCACGUUCUCUACCAGAGAAGCUAUUAAUUAUACAGUACUCUGAAAAUCCCUUUUAUGGGGUAAAGUUCAGCAGAACUAUGGGCCAAUUUUUCAAAACAAUUUUAAAGACAGCUAAUUUUCAAAUUGUCAUUUGGGUACAGUCCUCUUAUGCUUUGCUUCUUUGUAAAAUGGUAUUUUUCAUACAUUCACCUGUCAUAACUGUAAAUGAUUUGUCUAGGACUGGACAUGGAAUUCUGUAGGCUGCUGGGACCAUUCAUUUUAUGGCUAUGACCCAAGUCUUUCUUCAUACAGUCAGUCAGUGCUUGCAUACCAACCUACUACCAUCUAGGCCUGCUCUACUGGCUUCAGGGGUCACACACACAGAGGGGUAAAUCCAUUUGAAUUCAAACACUUUUUGACAGCAUCCCUUUUGAUUUGAACGAAACCUCCCAUACAUAUUUGCACCUUGUAGAAGUGUUCAGAAAAGAUAAAUGGUUGAGUUUGAUAUAAUUUAAAGUGGUGUUCACACGCUGCCUGCUGGUAGGAGGCUCCGCUAUGCUGUCCUCAGCAUGGCCAGGUCCAGGCUGGGCCUUUCUCUUACGCAGCUGCAUCAGUAUGCACAUGUAGAACUCCCUAGUGGGGAAACUCUGCUCUGGGCAUCAUGUCCAUGUAGUAGCAGACCUGGUUCCACCUCUCCUGGUCAGAGAGCCGCUGGUAGUACUGCAUGCACCUUUGCCAGUACUCCUCCUGGCUGUAGCACCCUGGGUGACUGAAUGCAGGUUCCUGCCAUGGACCAUAAGCCCAGGAGAGGGGCCUGCUGAGCUCAUGAGCUGGGGUGUACAACUGCUUCUUUCCCCUACGUCAGAAACAGCCUUAGCAGAGGGGUGUUCUUGGGCUGCUGUGGAGAUGAGGCCUGGUCAGGAGCCUGAGGGAGGUUUACGGUUCCCAGUUAGGUCAGUGUCAGUCUCAUCCGGCUGGACCUUCAGACCCUUUAGAGAGCUCAGACAGCUGAUGAGAGAGUUGGCAUCUGGAAGAUCCUUCAUGGGGCCCACGUAUCGGAUAUGGGUGUCUGGAUCGGUCUCCUCCACCUUUACCUUUGGGGCCUGCUCUGAGGUGGGCGGCAGCUUGACUGUGCCCACGUAGGUCAGGGGAUCCACCAGUGAGGCCUGGUGAACAGGGCCAGGCACCAGAGCCACAGGGCUGGUUGCUACCACAGUAUCGGUUUGACCUGAAAAUGACACAUUCAUAUUGCUGUUGCAAUAAAAUAAAAAACACUUAUCUAGACAGUAGGGAUUUCAAAUUGCUUCGUGAUGUUUCUGCUUUGAAGAUCUAAGCUUUUGGUGACAUCAGAAUACUGUUUUUCACUGUCUCUAUGGCAAUUGUAUGCACAAUUGCGCCGGAGGGGAUGGCUGCCGUUUUACGGGCUCCUAACCAAUUGUGCUAUAUUUUUUCGCAUUGUUUGUAACUUAUUUUGUACAUAAUGCUGAUGCUACUGUCUCUUAUGACCGAAAAGCGCUUCAGGAUAUCAGAACAGCGAUAAUUCACCUCAAACUGGAUGAAGAUUUUUUCUUUAAUGAGUCUAACGCGAAGGAUAUAAUGUUGCUCCCGGACAAGGCCCAAAUCCCUGUCAUUCGCAUGAAGGAGAUACCGGGGGCGCAGAUCAGGGUGCCUUGUGAGAAUUAGUCGGCGAGUGGGUAACCCGCCUCUACUAUCCGUUCUAUUGGCCAACGUGCAAUCACUGGCACUCCUAGUGGCCGGGGACUUUAAUGCAGGCAAACUUAAAUCCGUUUUACCUCAUUUCUACCAGCAUGUCACAUGUGCAACCAGAGGGGGAAAAAACUCUAGACCACCUUUACUCCACACACAGAGAUGCGUACAAAGCUCUCCCUCGCCCUCCAUUUGGCAAAUCUGACCAUAAUUAUAUCCUCCUGAUUCCUGCUUACAAGCAAAAACUAAAGCAGGAAGUACCAGUGACUCGCUCAACACAGAAGUGGUCAGAUGACGCGGAUGCUACGCUACAGGACUGUUUUGCUAGCACAGACUGGAAUAUGUUCCGGGAUUCAUCCAAUGGCAUUGAGGAGUAUACCACCUCAGUCACCGGCUUCAUCAAUAAGUGCAUUGACGACGUCGUCCCCACAGUGACCGUACAUACAUAUCCCAACCAGAAGCCAUGGAUUACAGGCAACAUCUGCACCGAGCUAAAGGCUAGAGCUGCCGCUUUCAAGAAGCGGGACACUAAUCCGGACACUUAUAAGAAAUUCCGAAAUGCCCUCAGACAAACCAUCAAACAGGCAAAGCGUCAAUACAGGACUAAGAUUGAAUCCUACUACACCGGCUCUGAUGCUCGUCGGAUGUGGCAGGGCUUGCAAACUAUUUCGGACUAAAAAGGGAAACCCAGCCGCGAGCUGCCCAGUGACGCGAGCCUACCAGAGGGCUAAAUACCUUUUUAUGCUCACUUCAAGGCAAGCAACACUGAAGCAUGCAUGAGAGCAUCAGCUGUUCCGGACAACUGUGUGAUCACACUCUCCGUAGCCGAUGUGAGCAAGACCUUUUAAACAGGUCAACAUUCACAAGACCACAGGGCCAGAUGGAUUACCAGGACGUGUAUUCAGAGCAUGCACGGACCAACUGGCAAGUGUCUUCACUGACAUUUUCAACCUCUCCCUGACCGAGUCUGUAAUACCUACAUGUUUCAAGCAGACCACCAUAGUCCCUGUGCCCAAGAAAGCGAAGGUAACCUGCCUAAAUGACUACCGCCCCAUAGCACUCACGUCGGUAGCCAUGAAGUGCUUUGAAAGGCUGGUCAUGGGUCACAUCAACACUCCAAUUCGCAUACCGCCACAACAGAUCCACAGAUGACGCAAUCGCACUCCACACUGCCCUUUUCCACCUGGACAAAAGGAACACCUACGUGAGAAUGCUGUUCAUUGACUACAGCUCAGCAUUCAACACCAUAGUGCCCACAAAGCUCAUCACUAAGCUAAGGACCCUGGGACUAAACACCUCCCUCUGCAACUGGAUCCUGGACUUCAGCCACUCUUAUCCUCAACUAGGGGGCCACUCAGGGUUGCGUGCUUAGUCCCCUCCUGUACUCCCUGUUCACCCACGACUGCAUGGCCAAGCACGACUCCAACACCAUCCAUUAAGUUUGCUGACGACACAACGGUUGUAGGCCUGAUCACCGACAACGAUGAGACAACCUAUAUGGAGAAGGUCAGAGACCUGGCAGUGUGGUGCCAGAACAACAACCUUUCCCUCAACGUGAGCAAGACAAAGGAGAUGAUCGUGGACUACAGGAAAAGGAGGGCAGAACAAGCCCCCAUUCACAUCGACGGGGCUGCAGUGGAGCGGGUCGAGAGUUUCAAGUUCCUUGGUGUCCACAUCACCAACAAACUAUCAUGGUCCAAACACACCAAGACAGUCGUAAAGAGGGCACAACAAUGUCUUUCCCCCUCAGGAGACUGAAAAUAUUUGGCAUGGGUCCCCAGAUCCUCAAAAAGUUAUACAGCUGCACCAGCGAGAACAUCCUGACCGGUUGCAUCACCGCCUGGUAUGGCAACUGCUCCGCAUCCGACCGUAAGGCGCUACAGAGGGUAGUGCUUACGGCCCAGUACAUCACUGGGGCCAAGCUUCCUGCCAUCCAGACCUAUAUACUAGGCGGUGUCAGAGGAAGGCCCAAAAAAAUUGUCAAAGACUCCAGUAACCCAAGUCAUAGGCUGUUCUCUCUGCUACCACACGGCAAGCGGUACCAGAGCGCCAAGUCUAGGUCCAAAAGGUUCCUUAACAGCUUCUACCCCCAAGCCAUAAGACUCCUGAACAAUUAAUCAAAUGGCCACCCGGACUAUUUGCAUUGACACACCCCCCCCCAUUGUUUUUACACUGCACCUACUCGCUGUUUAUUAUCUAGUGGUAGGACACACAAGCUCACAGAAUGGGACCGCCGAGUGCUGAAACGCAUAGUGAGUAAAAAUCGUCUGCCCUCAGUUGCAACACUCACUACCGAGUUCCAAACUGCCUCUCGAAGCAACAUCAGCACAAUAACUGUUCGUUGGGAGCUUCAUGAAAUGGGUUUCCAUGGUCAAGCAGCCACACACAAGCCUAAGAUCACCACGCGCAACGCUAGCAUUAUGGAUGAAAGUAGAUGGUCUUGCAGGAGGAUCUCCCUGUUCCAUCAAUGGUACAGACUGAUCAACUCCCUGAAUAUAGAAAAUCGGUAGUCUGUGUAGCAGCAAGUUUGGUUUCAUGUGAGUUCAUAAUAAACUUUGCCGCAUUCUUGGCCCAAACGUUCAAUUGUGAUGUCAUCCAAUUUUAAAUUUGAAUAACGAUCACAUUCAGAAUCACCAUGACAUUAUGAAAAAAGUUCUGCAGGAUUUUCAUAUUCAAUUUCAAUUUUUGCUAACAUUUUUCAGAAUCUACAUGAUAAAAUUGUAAAAUUUUGCCAAGCAUGUUUUGUUUUUUAAGGUACUGAAAAAUCACAUGAUCAAAAUGUCACAUCAUUAUAAAGACAAACAUCAAAUUGAUGGCCUACAUGAGUAACUUUGGUCAGCAGUGAACAGAGCCAGGGCCCAGACAAACAUGUAGUAGAGGAGCUCCUAGCUCUACUGUUUGUAAUAUUAGCAAUUACUGUAUCUGCCUCCAUAAUGAUAUUAAUAUUUUGGCUGUGGGAGACAUGCUGUUUCCAAUUAAGGUAAAGUAAGACUUCAAUCAUCCUUGUUCAAACCAACUUCUGUCCAGUGACGUGAAUCAUUCUAUAAUUCAGCCCUAUCCAGUUCCAUCCUGGCUGUAUCCUGUUGCUUGACAAAUGAAACAGACAUGCCUGGGUUGUCUACUAAUGGAUAGAUUGAGGGACACCACAAUAAAUCCCCUCACUGCUGUUCAGCUGCAUAAUGAAUGUCUGUCUUAUGAAGCAAGUAAAAAUUCUGUCUCAUAAACCAAGUAAUUUGAGGUGAAUCUCCUUCUGUCUCUUUUUCAUGUCAGAAAUUUGACACAUCCUGCACAAUGGCUGACAGCGGGAAGACUGAUGAGCCCAGUGCAACCACAGCCCAGCCAACUAAUGGAGACCAGCAGGUGAGGAGCACAAUCACUAUGACAUUAGUUUACCCUACAACACAGCUCUGAUGACGGGUCUGAUACACUAAUAACAUUGAAACCAGCAUUCAAUAUUUCACUCAGAGUUGAUAAAUUGGAAAUAUGUAAGCACUCCUCAAGUAUAAUAUGCGCAUGUACACACAAAAACUCACCAGGUACAGAGUUGAGUGAUCAGUACAAAGCAAACAAAAUAUGCAACAUGCAAUUGUUGAAAAUGGCAACACAAAGGCUGUUUCCCCACUUCUAACUCAGGCUAAAUCAUAACCAUUGUGUUUUGUUCCCAGAGUGUUGUGUCCCGCGUGGGCAGCAUCCCCCUGGUGAGCUCUGCGUGUGGUGUAGUGUCCAACGCCUACAGCAGCACUAAGGACAGCGUGCCCCUGCUGAAGGGGGUCAUGGAGGCUGCCGAGAGCGGGGUGCGCACCCUUGGGGUAGCCGCCACAACUGGCUCCAAGCCACUCCUUGACAGACUGGAGCCACAGAGUGCGUUCUGCUGCAUAGUGACCACAGACGGACAUCACAAAAAAACAAUAUAUAUAUAUUAGUGGAUAACUUUUUUUGUUAGGAGUUAAUUAAUUAUUUGUUGCAGUUUCUGUGGUGAAUCAUUAUGCCAUGAUGGGACUGGACAAGGUGGAAAAACUGCAAUUCCUCCAGCAGCCAGCUGAUAAGGUGAGUCUCCAAAUCUAGUGUUGACUAGUCAACAAUGCUUCCUCAUGCAUCCAAUUCAACUAAAGUCCCCAAGAAAACACUUUACUUGAUAUAAGACCUUAUAUAUUCAUAACAGCUUUUUAAUGAGCUGUAUAUUGUCUCGCCCUCAGCUAGUUUCAGAUACAAUAGGCAUGAUGCACCAGUCUGUGAGCGGGGCAAAGGAGGCCAUGGCUGGGGCCAAGGAGACCAUAGCUGGGGCUGUAACCGGGGCCAAGGAAACCAUGACUGGGGCUGUAAUGUCGGCAGUGUUUGGGGGUGUGGAGAUGACCCAAGCAGCAGCCAGUGGAUUGUUCAGCUCAUUCAUGGUGACCGGUGUGGGCCAGAUGGUCAGCAGUGGGGUGGGCCUGGCCCUCAGCCACUCUGAGAACUGGGUGGACCAUAACCUGCCUCUCAGCGACAGAGAGCUGGGUCAGUAUGAAUGAGAAACUAGUAAACCCUGAAUGGACUGUACUGAAAUGGAAUUGAACCCAUCCCUGGUGUGGUUGCUGCUGAGUCAGGUCUAGAGCUGCAAGAUGGUUCAUUUAUGUGUAGCUAUGGAUAUGUAGACAGGGCGACACUAAAAUCAAUAGCUCUGAUCUCAGACCGACCGUGAAUUAUUGUUUAUAGAUCAUCUUAAUUUUUUCCCCCAUACAGCUGCUUUGGCAGAGCCUGCAACAGGUGAGGUGGCUACUGCACCAGUGGUGGGCUCUAGCUACUUUGUCCGUCUGGGCAAGCUGUCCUCCAAGGUGCAGGAGCGGGCCCUGGAGCAGUCCCUGGUGAGAGCCCGGCACGCCAGAGACACCACAUACGCCACCAUGACACAGAUCACCAGCACCCUGGACCUGCUGGAGAAAGCCCGCUCCACCCUGGCCACUGCAAACCACCAGCUGGGAGGGGCACCAGAGCAGCUGCUGCAGCGCUGGAAGGAGUGGCAGGAGAAACAGCCUAAAGAUGGAGUGGUAGAGACGGGGGAGGUGGAUGUUCCCAAAGACCAGACUGAGGUAGGGAGUCUUGAAUUAGUAUUUUCUGUCCAAGCAGCCAUGUGAUUGAAUGUACUUGGAACUUUAUAAACACUGUUUUAUAGUUUCCACAGCUAACCGUAAUUGCCUAUGUUUGUGUAGCAGUUGGAGUGGCGAACCCUCUUGAUGGUACGUGGUCUCAGUGACCAGUUGCGGUCUGCGUGCUCUGGGGUGGUGUCCAGCGCCCAGGGCUUACCCGGUGCUGUCCAGGACCAGCUGGCAAACGCACGGAAAGCGGCUGAAGAACUGCACUCCUCCCUGGGCAACACUAGCACCCUCACACCCCCCCUCCUGGAGCAGACCCGUCACCAUCUAACGCAGGUAUACAAAACUCUGUUGCUCAAUUUUUCCUGUGUCAAUUCAUUAUGAAUACACCAGCUGCUGGUUUCUCAUUAUUUAUUCAGUUUCAAUAUUUCAACCAACACAUUGUAUGUACAUCAUCAUAACAGAUAAUUAUGAAUCACUCUGAGGUUAUUUGUGUUGAUUGACACAUUUAAACGUUCACAGGUGCGACAGUCUCUGGAUGGUGUCAUGGAGUAUCUGCUCAAUAACACUCCUUUCAACUGGCUGGUGGGACCCUUUGCACCCCAGAUCACAGAGAAGGGGGAGGGCGGGUUGGCUGCGAAUAAGGGGGGCCCUCAGAACUAG